AUGACUUCCGCCGUAUCGGCACUCCCGUUUUCCGGCGACAUAGGCCGUGGUGAGACAGAGCAGACGUACGAAUGGGACGUUACGGGCGGGGAACUACAUACGUUAGAUGACUUGCUAAGAGCUAUGAUAGCGUUUAAGCCGGCGGAACGACCUAUAGCGGACCAACUCCUAAGGUAUAAGUAUAUGGUGAAGUGGGCGUUACCCGCGUAG